AUGAGUCGCAUGAGCACUGCGACUUCUGUGCGCGAGUUCUUGGAGCCCAUCGUGAACACCACUUGCCAGGGAUACUACACGUCGGCUCUCAUGGUCGCGGGCUCCAUGGCGGCGCUCACGAACGGCGCCGCCGUCAAGAUCUGGAGCCAGAAACCCACGCCACUCUUCGCCCCAGUUUUCCAAAUUGGAAACGCCCAGGCGGGCAAGAGUCGCUUGUUCAGCGUGUGCGAGCAGAUCUUCGACGCGUGCGACGACGUCAUCGGCGACCGCGUCGACUCGCUCCUCGACCAGGGCCCCCCCGUCACCGUGAAGAGCAUCUGCCUUCAGAGCUUCACGAUCACUGAGUUCUUCUACCGGUGCUCCACCAGCUUCCCCCUCGUCGACUUCGCGGAGGGGGACGGGCGGGUUGCCGAUUUCAAACAGUCAGAUGUGCGGUGCGGCAGGGCUUUCAAUUUGGACGAGGCGCACGAGUUUUGGGACGGCCUCGGCCUUCUGACCGCCGGCCGCGGGGGCGGAGACAAGGACCGCGCGCCCGUCGUCCACGCAUCCACUUUGAAUGCUCUCAUCGGCAGUGGCCAGACGAGGCGCGCCACCCGGACAAGCGCGACCUUCGGCGAGUCCCGCGGCAAGCGCGCGUCGGUGUCUCUCCUCGGGAACCGGCGCCCCGAGAAGUUCAUUGCCAUGGACCGGGGGGGCGUGGGCAAUCACACGGCGCGCACCAAGGAAAGGUUCGUCAUCUGCAUCGACCAUUCCACUCCCCGCCGCGCCGCGCUGCCCGCGGCGAGCCGCCUUCCGCCUGGCGUGUCCGCGUGGGCCUGGCUGCCGCUCACGCCCCAGCAGGCGCGGACGUUUGAUUGGGAGACCUUCCUCGACGCGCUGGGUGCCGCGGCCCAGGCCUUGCAGAGGGGCGACGGGGAGGCGGGGGCGCCGCCGGCUGCCCCCCGGGGUUGCAGCUUCGCGGGCGCCCCCGGCGAAUACAAGGUGGAAUUCCCAGAUGGGGAAGAAUCCCGUUUCCGUUUCCGAUACUUGCGCGCGACGCCGCCCAGCGCGGGCGACGCGCCUGUGCGGACCGAGUUCAGGAUUUCAAACAGGGGGGAAUUGGCGGACCCCGCCGAGCACGUCCAGGCCGGCGCCAAGAAGGCUCGCAAGAUCAUGGCGGGCAAUCAGGUGGCCCAGGGCAUCCGCGCGCAGCUCCGCGCGGACGACGAUGCGACGAUCUCCGCGUUGGAGUCCAAUGCCGCUGGCCAGCAGGGCGUCCAGGCCGCUCUCCUGGCUGUCCUGGAUCACGCCGUGGGCGGGGGCACCUUGGACGAGGCUUCCGGGUUGCCGAUCAUCGCCGCUGACCACGUCCAGUGCGCCAGGCGCAUGCUCGACAUCAGCCUCGCCAUCCGGGACAUUUGGCGAGCUGCUCUGGACGAAGUCGGUAAAGACGACGACAGCGAGGGCGAGGGCGAGGAGUUGCAGAAUCGCUUGGCCCGGCCUGUUCGCGGCCAGUACUCCGCGGAUGGCUUCGGCGCGCCUCUCGCCGCGCAGCCGCCGGUGACUUCCGGGUCGCCGCCGCCGCUGGUUGCAGUCAGAUAUGCCGCGGACGCGCCGCCGGUCGCGGGCUCCGCGGCAGAGGGGCCCGCCAUUUCGCAGCCCGCUGCCGUCGGCGCCGGAGAGGGCGACGCGUUUGUUCCGGCCCCCCCGGACGAGGACGCGUUUUCUUCGGAGGUGCAAGCGCUGCAGUUCAGCGACCUGCCGAGCGAGGAAGAUUUCGACAAGGAAGGCCUCGGCGAGGUGGGGCGCAUGCUUUUCGCGAAGGCAAUGUUCAAGGACAGGGAGCUCAUUCGCCGCGUGCUCCUCGCGGGGCGCAGCCGGCCCCCCGUGAACGCCUGCGUCGACAACUGCAACGUGGCCGCGAAGGACCAGGAGGGCGGGGCAAGGCGGAAGAAGCGGGUUAGGCCGUCCAAGCCCGAGGUGGUGAGCGCGCUCAAAGCGGCAUUCGAGCAUUUCCCACGCCUGAGGGCGUGCCGCGUGCAAGAGGACGAGGUGGUUUUCGUGGCAUGGCCCAGCUCUGCGCGCGGGCAGACGCUUUUCCAUAAUGAACUGAUGCGCUGCUGCCACGUGUUGCUGAGGCAGCUGUCGCAGAAGCGCGCAGUUCCACGAGGGUUGCCCGCCGCGUGCCGAUUCCUUGGCGGUUGGCAGCUGGAAUUUUUGCGCGCGUGGAAUUUCUGA